GGGCACCUGGGUUUGGGAAAGGGCUCGGAGAGGCCGUGGAGGGAGCACUCGGAUGCAGCCUCCCCCGCGCCCUGCUCUGGCUGAUCUCUUUCUUCCGAAUGCUCAGAUGCCUCUGAGUUCAUGCGUGGUAUGACCUCGUAGCAGCUGUAGUUCUCUUGAGAACCCAAGGGUCAGAGGCCAGCCGAGACGGCCCCAGACAGACAGCUCAGCUUAGGCUCCGGAGCCUUCACUUGCUGGCCGUGUGAUCUGGGAAAGACCCCUCAGCUUCGGUGUCUUCAUUGGCACAAAGGGGUCUCAAGAGCACCACCUCCUCAGUCCGUCGUAAGGAUUUCAUGAGCCUCCAUGUACUCUGAGAUCCAGAGGGAGCGGGCCGACAUCGGAGGCCUGAUGGCCCGGCCAGAACACAGAGAAUGGAACCCAGAGCUCAUCAAGCCCAAGAAGCUGCUGAACCCCGUGAAGGCCUCCCGGAACCACCAGGAGAUGCACCGCGAGCUGCUCAUGAACCACAGGAGGGGCCUGGGUGUGGACAGCAAGCCAGAGCUGCAGCGCGUCCUGGAACACCGCCGGCGGAACCAGCUCAUCAAGAAGAAGAAGGAGGAGCUGGAGGCCAAGCGGCUGCAGUGCCCCUUUGAGCAGGAGCUGCUGAGACGGCAGCAGAGGCUGAACCAGCUGGAGAAACCACCAGAAAAGGAAGAGGACCAUGCCCCUGAGUUUAUUAAAGUCAGGGAAAACUUGCGGAGAAUCACCACUUUUACCAGUGGGGAGAGGGCGCUGUAGAGCUGGCUCCAGAGCCCCAGCGCCCCCACCAGCCCGCCCUGGCCCCCACCGUGCCCCUCCAGCCCUCCUGUACCUGGCAGCCCUGGCCCCUAGACUCGGCUCUGCGGUGUUCAUGCUCGCUCCUGGAAACCUGACCCCCAGAAGAUGGGGGAUCGUGAACGCAGGCUUCUCCUUCUAGCACUCAUCGCUCCUGCUCCCAGAAGCAGCCGCUGCUGAAGGAACUUCCGCAGGCUCCCUCCUUGAGCAGCUGCUGAGCCCUGCCAAGAUGCUUCAGGCAGAGCUGGGAAGGGACAGGCGCCUCUCUGGCCCCAUGGGGCCCUGCUUCUCUGGACAGCCCAGGUCUCAGAGAGCUGCCCUAUGUGGUCUCUGCAGCCAGGUGUAGGGCAGCUAAGCAGAGCAUCGUGGGGGCACCUACCCUGAAAGCCUGAGGGGAGAAUGGUCUGUCCUCAGGAAGGGUGGGGCGGCCCAAGGCCGCCCUCCAAGGUAGAUGCACACUAACAAAGACAGCUUCGGAUGGUCUGCCAGCCUCUCCCCACCCCUUCACCUUUAUUCCCUCCACGCCACCCGCCUGCACCCUGUAACCACAGCACCCCAGGGCUGCAGCCGCUCUGCUUCUGGAAGUUAGAACAGUGCUGCUUGAACUGUACUGUGCCUAUAAAUUACUAGGGCCCUUUGCUGGAAGACAGCUUCUGACCCCGCAGGUUGGGGUGAGAGCUGAGAAUCUUGUUUCUAACAAGCUCCUGGACUGCCGCUCUGAGGCCCACACUGUUCCUGGCAAGGCUGUAGCAUCCAGGGAUGGCAAAUAAAAGCCCCCCCAGCUCCCGUGACCCCCGUCCUGGAGAUUCCCAUCCGCCUCCACAGCCUCAAGGCGCUCUUUAUUUUCCUCCCACCCCAGGUGCCCGGGAACACCCCGAGCUAGGAAACGGUGUUGGUUAUGGGACCAGAGAUGCAUGUGAUUGCCAAUCUGCCUUUCUUACCACACGGAUGCAAUUCUAGCCAAAAAAACACACAAAACUUUUUUAAAAGAAUCUUUCCCCAAAGCCUACGAAAAGCAAAUAAUAUAGUGAUUUCAAGCUUUGGAAAACAUAAGAAAUCAGUUUGAAGACCCCAGCCCCACCUGCGACACUGGCCCCGCUGAGUGCGCCUGAGGCCCACGCCCGAUUCGGAUUCUGUCGCUGGGGCCAACUCCGUGGACUCACUCGCCUCCCAACACGGACCAAAUGUUUGAACUUUCGCUCCUGUCCCAUAUUUAAAGAUCUGGAGACCCACCAGGCUUUUCCUUUUCUUCUGAAGAAUAAAACCCCUGCCCCAUAGCUCAGUCGGUAAAGAAUCCACCUGCAAUGUGGGAGACCUGGGUUCAAUCCUGGGUCGGGAAGCUCCCCUGGAGAAGGAAAUGGCAACUCACUCCAGUGUUCUUGCCUGGAGAAUCCCAUGGUCACAGGAGCCUGGCGGGCUACAGUUCAUGGGAUCGCAAGAGUCAGACACAACUUAGUGCUUUCUUUCUCUGGCUUUGUAAACCCAUCGUUCAAGGUAACAGGGCUCCAGUAGAAAAGCAUUUCCUUUUACCCCCAACCCUGCUGGGCAGAGCUGCCGCUGGGAUGCAGUCUGGUAACUGGACCGAAGGUGGGAGGGAAGGGACCGCCCUGGUGUUACUCCUACCACCAGAGACGUCGUCCUUCUCCUGUGUGUGCUGAGGGGCGUGAAUAGACAUGCUGCGUGUGGGGAGGAACGAAGGGAGGCUCUGAAAGGCUCUUGAAUGUGACCAUUUUGGUGAGAAGGAGGGAAUGCUAUUUUACAUGUCCGUCUGGCAAGGGUCAUGCUAAAAAUGCACAACCCCUGAGUAAAGACCACCACUUCCCCAAAGAAGUCGCCCCCUGUCGUUCAGACAUGUGAGAACGAGACUGAGCGUCUAGGGUGGAGGAGCCCCCAAGGGAAUGCCUGGGGGUUCACUGUGGGCCCCAGGGUGCUGCACGGGGGCAAAGCCCUGAAGAAUCAGAACAGACCGCGAGUGCCACAGCGUCCCCGGAGCCUGGCAGACACCCCUGUUCCCUCCCAGGGCUCCGUCCCCACUCCUCCUCUCUGGCCCUCUCCAGGGGUGACCACGUGACCAGGUACAGCCAGCGACAUUUACAAUGAAGGGGCUCCUGGAAAGCUUGUUUUUCUGAUGAGAGAGACAGAUUGGGUAACACGCCCUUGCCCCUCCCUUCGUCGAGGGUGGGACACCUGGAGCCGCAGCAGCCAUGUUGCUACCAUGAGAAAAUGGCCAAGAGAAUCUCCGAGAAUGGCCCGACUGUCAUGUGACCAAGCCGAUGCCGGCAGCCAUCCUCCUCCAGGAUACUUGUAAAUACAAAUAAAUCCCCUUGUUUACGCUA